AUGUCGAAAGCUAAGCCAGCAAACGAUGCCGCCCAGGGCAGAGGCCCUGUGAAAUACAAUGUCGGCUGGAGACGAGUUGUGCGGAAUUUCAGUCCUUCAGCCGAUGUAUGGAUGUUCAGCUGGUUUGCAGCGACAAUGGGCACAGGAAUAGUCGCCGUACUGAUGAACUCGGUGCCGUUUCACACGCCAGUUCUCUAUUACCUGUCUAUCGUUUUCUUUCUGCUCAACGUGGUGAUAUUCUCCUUGGCAUUGAUCACCUCCAUUCUCCGAUACACUCUGUAUCCUGAGAUCUGGCGAGUCAUGAUCCAAGACCCGACCAACUCGCUCUUCUUAGCCACUAUCCCCAUGGGAUUUGCGACGCUCAUAGAGAUGUGGGUCUUCAUCUGUGUCCCCCGAUGGGGACCCUGGGCCACGUCCGUUGCAUGGGCAUUGUGGAUGGUCGACGUCGUUGCAGCGGCCUCGGUGACCCUUUCCUUAUCGUUCAUUUUAAUCUCUCAACGAUACAUCACGUCGCUUGACCGGAUUACUGCUCUUCAACUAUUACCUAUCGCGGCGACCAUUGUUGCGGCCGGCGUGGGUGCCAAGGUCGCUGACAUCUUGCCAAGUGGCCAGCAUGCUAUGGGUACUUUGCUCGUUUCUUUCAUCCUUUGGGGCAUGGGCAUUCCUUUGGCAAUGGCGGUGUUGGUGAUCUACUAUCAACGACUGGCAGUUCACAAGCUUCCCCCACGAGAGGCCAUCGUGAGCUGCUUUCUUCCUCUGGGACCACUUGGGUUUGGUGGCUUUGGCAUUAUUUACAUUGGCAAGGUAGCUCGGGAGCUCUUGCAGGGCUCUGACAUGCUGGACCCUAUUGCAGGCUCCAUGGCGUAUGUCUUGGGGGUCUUCAUCUCACUGCUCAUGUGGAGUUUUGGUUUGAUCUGGCUUGUUUUCGCAUUUGCCACAGUACUGUACAGCUCUCCUUUCCCAUUUAACAUGGGAUGGUGGGGAUUCACUUUUCCAUUGGGGGUCUAUGCGGCCAACACGAUGGAACUGGGAGUAGAACUGGACUUGAUAUUUUUCAAGAUCUUUGGAACGAUCUUGAGCACUGCAGUAUUACUGCUAUGGGCCCUUGUUGCUUCUCGUACGGCAGUGGGUGCAUGGCGCGGCAAUAUGUUUUAUGCCCCAUGUCUUCAAAAGUUGGCUCUCAACGAUGACGAAGGGGAGACUGAUGUCGCCCAGCAUCGAGCAUGA